AAAAUAACAAAAUGUUGAGAAGUCUGUCUCGGGCCUUUUCUGUUCAUCAGAAGCAACACAUCCAAGCCACACAAGAUGUGACUCAUGAGAACAACGUUACCCAGCAUCUGAUGCGGGAAAUUGAAGUCCUCAAUCAGAAGAUUCUCCAGCAGAAAGCAGACGCCCAACAGAAUGCAGAGCUGUUGCUUCUGAAGAAAGUAACUCUUCUGGAGAGAGAAGAGUCACUGAAGGAGGUGAGUGACCAGUUGGAGGAAAAUAUUGUGUUGCUUCAGAACCAGACACAGCUAAUACGAGACCUUCAGGAGGACAAGAAACUUCUGCAGAAUGAAAUGGACAUCUUGGAGCAAGAACUAGCAGAGUGCCAAGGGAACAAGACGGAAACUACCACGCAAAG